AUGACAGAUAAGAUCCAGAAGAUGGGGAAUCAGCCCUCCACAGAUUCAACCGAUAUCGACCAAGCCAUAGGCAAUGUGAAGCAGAAUAUUGAUAAAGCCAUAGACGAUGCGAAGCGGGAUAUUGACCAAGCCAUGGACGAUACGCUGCGGAAUCUCGACCGAGUCUUUUACGAUGUAGAGUGGAAUAUGAGGGCUUUGAGACGGGAUACAGAGAGGUUUCAUGUAAUCAUAAAUGAAAAGUGUGACGGAGUCCGAUGCAAGGACUAUUUGCAGUGGGAUAUCGAAACACUCCACACACACGGCAUCACCUUAAAGGAAAUCAAAGAAACACUUGGCAGGCAGGGCAUCUACUACUUCUCUCAGGAAGAGACUGACAAAUGGCUUCAUGUGAGAACAAGAUCAUUUUUAUCCUACAUAAAUACUAUACAACAGAAUAUCUCAUCGCAUCGCAAGGAGUUAACUUUCAAGGGCUACAUACUUGACAAUGGACCAGAUAUUGCAGCAGACGCUCAAUUGUUCCUGGAUAACGAUGUCAAAGAGUAUGACGUGUUUGAGGCCGUUUACUCCUAUCCUUUCUUUGUUGCCCAACGACUCGUGACGGACAAUCUGAGAUUCGCUAUUCAUAUCCUUGAAGUCAAAGUCAGGCGAGAGUUAGAUUGCGAGGAAUCUUAUAGCGAUGACCAGGACUUUUCUAUCGGCCAAGAAGAGGCACUUGUCCAGCUAAAGUCUUGUCUCAAGCAAAUCGAUCCAGACAGUCCUAUACCGGCCGAGGAAGUUACGAAGCUGCGUAAUCUUUGUGACAUAUUUGAUGCAGCAGCUGAAGUCUAG